CUGUGCUCGCUGCCCCUCUGCACCCUACGCCGCCCAGUGCUGGCACCGCUGUGCACUCCACGUGGCUACAGCGGGGCCUCGCUGGGCGACUCGGGGAAGGACAUGCUGGAGAUCCCACUGCCUCCCUGGAAGGAGCGCCCCAAUGAGCCACUGCCCACCAAGAGAGCGCGUCUGCUGUACGAGAGCAGGAAGAGGGGCAUGCUUGAGAACUGCAUCCUGCUCAGCCUUUUUGCUAAGGAGAACUUGAGCCGCAUGGAUGAGAGGCAGCUGAACCUCUAUGACCGCCUCAUCAAUGAGCCCAGCAACGACUGGGAUAUCUACUACUGGGCCACGGAAGCCAAGCCCACGCCGGCUGUGUUUGACAAUGAGGUGAUGGCCAUGCUGAAGGAGCUUGCUAAGAACAAGAAGAAGGAGCAGAGACUGCGGCAGCCGGACCUGGAGUACCUCUUUGAGUCCCCAAACUGACAGCUCCUCCCUCGGACUCUCAGGGCUCGACAAAUAAAGCUGUGGCUGCUAGCUCCUGGUA